AUGCGUUACCAUGCACUUGUGAUCAACCUAUGCUGCGACAACUUCGGUUAUUAUUCGUCUUUCAGUAAUCUUCAGAAACGGACACCCUUGUUUUUCAGCCCAGACAGUGAACAGAGUGCCAAUCAGAUAGCGCUCUCAUCCGCGCGGGAAAUAUCUGCUCUUACACAAGUCAUGCAAUCGGAAUACGGAAUCCAAUACGGGCAUCUGUUCACGAUGUAUGCGAUCAGUGUUGCUCUAUACACCUUGCUCGACCAACCCGCCUUUGAUAUUUUCGACUCAGAUUUCUUGCGCCUCACAAGCGCAUUUUCUACGAUUGCAGGACGUUCCCCAGUGGGGAGACACCUUUUCCAUUUCUUCAAGUUGUCCGUACAGUCUCAACAGUAUCAACAGUAUCAAAAGCAAGGCGGCGAUCCAGGAAAGUUUGAUGAUCUCCCAACAGCAAUUAGGGAGAUUUUCUCACAAGAUCCUCAGCCCCAAACACCAGAACAGAGGAAAAAAGUAUCAAAAUCUGAAGGCGGCACAUCGUACAGAGACAAUUUGGAAAGAAAACCACGCGAUUUUCCACUGCCGGGGCUAAAGGGAAUGAUCAGUGAGUAUGAGAAGCUCAGCGUGGGCAAAGAAGAGCGACCGCAUGGCUAUCCCAAGGGUGGUGACUUUUAA